AUGAUUUCUGCUUCUAAAAAAAAUAAUAAUGAUGAGAAUCAACUUGAAAUCACUAAAGCAGAAACAGAUACAGAAAACAGUCAAGAUAUAGUUAAUGCUGAUUUCAUUGCAAGUUUGUUUAAUAUUGAAGAAGAUAUUCAACAAAAUUUGGAAAAUGUUGCAUUUCUUAUCAAAGAAUACUAUCACAAAGAUUUAGAACCACAAUUUUUAGAGUUAUCUACUCGUUUAAUCCCAUUAUUAUCACCAGAAAUUUCAAAAGAUCAAGAAUUAACAAAUUACGCAUGCAUUCUUUUUGUAAUAUUUAUAAAAUCUCCAGGAAUAUGCAAUUACUAUGUUAAACACGAUAUUCAUCAAUAUUUAUUCAAUUAUUUACCAAAUCCUAUGGCUAUUUCAUUGUUUCAGCAAUUACUCGUAUUCAAUCAGCAUCCAAAGCACGAAAUGAUCAUUAAAUCUCAGGAUACUGAUCUCCAAAUUUAUGAUCAAGUAUUUUCCUUCCUCAAAGAGAAAAACUUCUUAGAUAUCAUCCUCAACGUGCUUAGAACAACAAACCCUGAUGAUAAAUUGUUUAUGUCGUCCUUAAUGUGCUUUGGUUCAUAUUCUCAUUAUGAUGUCAAUAAUUCUCAAGUUAAAGCUUAUCUAGAUAACUUACUAAGCAUAUUCUUGAAUAGCGAAACAAGUGAUAACUUCAGAUUUUAUCUUUUCUCUGUUUUUAAUAAUUUUGUUGAAAGAUCAACAGAAUAUCUCAAUUAUUUCCUUGGAAAUGCCAGUUUUCUAGACAUUGUCAAUAGUUUUGAUCACAAUAACGUUCUUUUGUGUAAAGAAUUCAUUCGUUUCUUAUCAAUUUGUGUUUCUGAAAAAGAAGAUAUAACAGUUCAAAGUGUAAACACGCUUAUGACACUCAUAUUUCCUUAUAUCGAAGAACAGAACCCGAAUUUUACCAAUUCUAUAGCGAAUUUCUUCCAUGAAUGCGCUUAUUCAAUUCAAAACAUUACAAAAGUGACAAUCGAAAAUAACAUUGUUCAAAUUUUGAAUGAACAGCUCAAUGACGAUUUUAAUUUUGAGACGAAAUCGGAUGUAUUAAGGUCUAUAUGUUCGUUGAUAUCCGUUGCUGAUGAUGAAAGUAUCCAAUACUUUCUUGAAAAUAAUUAUUUGCAAAUUGUAUUAGAUUUUGUAGAACCAAUGUGGAGAUACGCAGGUUUAGAAAUGACUGAUGCUCUUUAUCAAUUUGGUUCAUACGCAAUUAGCCACGAUGAAUCGUUAAUUUCUGAAAUUUUUGAUUCAGAUGCUUUUAUGUUUAUUCGAGAGAUUUAUGAUUCGAUAGAAGAUUAUGCAAACUGUAGAGAGCAUUCUCUUCAAGCAAGUGUAAUGGUUUUGGUUAAUUUAGAUCCUAAUUUUAAAGAUUUUGAAGAUUAA